AUGGUAAACCAAGUGGACUCAACUCAGAACCAGGACCAGAACCAACUCUUUGGAACUCUGCUGGGUCACUCUCCUCUGGGUGAGGCGGCUCCCUGGGGUGCUGCUGCUGUGAGCAUGGAUCCCCUGAUCAGAGUCAAAGAAGAAGCACGGAGCCGAUCCAAACCACGGCGUCCGGGCUGCAUCACAAUGAGCCCCGUCUCUGCUGACUCCACACUGUCAUCCGCACAUCACAGUCUCGGCUUUCACUGCUUUCUCUGCGUCCAAAUGUUUCAUGCUGAAGAUGAAGGUGGCUUUUCUUAA